CCCCUCGUCUUUAUGACGUCACCUGACAGGGAACAAUCCAGGAAGUGAAGUCUCUCGCUCUUGUUUGUGUUCCCCCCUCUCUUCCUCCCAGCAAUGGCGACCUUCAUUUCUGUCCCGUUGAAGAAGUCCACCGAGGUGGACUUGGUGAAGCCGCUGGCCAAAUAUGUCACGUCCAGCUACCCGGCGGGCGACGAGCAGGCGGAGCACAUCCGCGCCGUGGAGGAGCUGAACAAGCUCCGCAGGAACGCGCUGGGGAGGCCGCUGGACAAACAUGAAAGCUCCCUGGAGAUCUUACUCAGAUAUUAUGACCAGCUGUGCGCCGUGGAGCCCAAGUUUCCCUUCUGUGAAAACCAGCUGUGCUUGACGUUCACGUGGAAAGAUGCCUUCGAUAAAGGCUCGCUCUUUGGGGGCUCUGUCAAGCUUGCGUUGGCCAGUCUGGGCUACGAGAAGACGUGCGUGCUGUUCAACGCCGCGGCGCUGGCCAGUCAGAUCGCCUCCGAGCAGAAUCUGGACAACGACGAGGGGCUGAAAAUCGCCGCCAAAUACUACCAGCUGGCCAGCGGCGCCUUCGGACACAUCAAAGACACGGUGCUGUCUGCCCUCAACAGGGAGCCCACUAUGGAUAUCGCCCCCGAGACUGUGGGCACCCUUAGCACCAUCAUGCUGGCCCAGGCCCAGGAGGUCUUCUUCCUCAAAGCCAUCACUGGCAGGAUGAAGGACGGCGUCAUCGCCAAGCUGUCCAAUCAGGCCGCAGAUUACUACGGCGACGCCUUCAAGCAGUGUCAGUACAAAGACAACCUGCCCAAGUAUUUUUAUUUUCAGGAAGUGUUGCCGGUGCUGGCGGCCAAGCACUGCAUCAUGCAGGCCAACGCCGAGCUCCACCAGAGCGCCAUCGCCAAGCAGAAGAAGCGCUUCGGAGAGGAGAUUGCUCGCCUACAGCAUGCGGCAGAGCUAGUGAAGACGGUGGCGUCGCGCUACGACGAGUACGUGAGCGUGAAAGACCUGACAGAGAAAAUCAACCGAGCCCUCGCCGCAGCCAAGAAGGACAACGACUUCAUCUACCACGAUCGUGUGCCCGAGGUCAAAGACCUGGAGCACAUUGGAAAGGCAACGCUGGUCAAAGCCACCGCCAUCACGCCGCCACUCAGCCAGAAAUUCUCAGACGUGUUUGAGAAGAUGGUUCCAAUGGCGGUGCAGCAGUCGGUGGGCGUGUACGGCCAGCGGAAGGCAGAGACCGUCAACAGACUGGUGGGAACCAUGCGGGAGGCCACCAACCUCUGCAACGGCGUGUUAGCGUCCCUCAACCUGCCAGCAGCUCUGGAGGAUCUUUCAGGAGACUCCAUCCCACAAUCCAUUGCUGAGAAGGCCCGGUCCGUGGUGCAGCAGGGGGGCCUGCAGACCAUCGAGCAGCUGAUCAAAGAUUUGCCUGAGCUGCUGACCCGCAACAGAGAGAUUCUGGAUGAGGCGCUGAAGAUGCUGAACGACGAAGAGACGACGGACAAUGAGCUGAGAGCCAAAUUCAACCAGCGCUGGAACAGGACCCCCUCUGGAGACCUGUACAAGCCUCUCCGUGCAGAGGGCGCUAACUUCCGCGACAUCCUGGACAAGGCGGUGCAGGCGGACCAGGUGGUGAAAGACCGCUACAACACCCACUGUGACAUGAUCGCUCUGCUGUGCAAACCCGAGAACGAACUCAGCGCCGCCCUGCCCUCCGCCAACCCCACUAGGAAGCUGCAAGGCAGCGAGGUCGUCAACGUGCUGCGCUCUCAGCUGACCCAGCUGGAGGAGGUGAAGAAGGAGCGCGAGGCUCUGGAGGUGGAGAUCAAGGGCGUGGUCUUUGACAUGUCCACCACCUUCCUGACGGCGCUGGCCAAGGACGGCGCCAUCAACGAGGAGCAGCUGUCGGUCUCGCAGCUGGACCAGCUCUACGGCGAGCACAAGCAGCGGGUGCAGAACAGCCUCCGCCAGCAGGAGGAGCUGCUGGGACAGAUUCAGACGUCCCAUCAGGAGUUCAGCAGCCUGAAGCAGGCCAACACGGAGGCCAACCAGAGGGAGGAGGUCCUGAAGAAGCUGGCCUCGGCCCACGACAGCUACGUGGAGAUCAGCAGCAACCUGCGCGAGGGCACCAAGUUCUACAACGACCUGACUGAGAUCCUGCUCAAGUUCCAGAACAAAUGCUGCGACAUUGUUUUCGCUCGCAAGACCGAGCGGGACGAACUUCUCAAGGAGUUGCAGCAGAGUAUCGCCCGAGAGCCCAGCGCCCCCUCCUUCAAUGUCCCCGCCUAUCAGAGCACCCCCGCCGCCCCACCAGGCGGCCCCACCCCAGCACCUAGGACCGUAUUUACCUUGCCCACUCAGCAGACCCAGGCCAUUCCUCAGCCCCCAGCCAGGCCCCCUCCACCCAACUUACCGACACAGGCCGCCUCCCCCAACCCACCUGCGGGCACUCCCAGCAGCAACCUGCCGCCGGUGGCCCCGCCCUCCCAGGCCCAGGGGCCCCCUUACCCUACCUACCAGGGGUACCCACAGUACUUCCAGAUGCCAAUGGGCUACAACCCGUACGCCUACGGCCAGUACAACGUGCCCUACAUGCCCUACCAGGGUACCCCAGGCCAGGCGGGCUACCCGGGCGCCCCCCCGGCAGCGCAGGGCUACCCCGGCUAUCCUGCCCAAGCCCCCCCGCAGCAGCAGCAGCAGCAGCAGCAGCCGUACUUCCCUCAGCAAUGAGCGCGCCGAAAAAAACCCAGCAGAUCACAGAAAUACCGCGCCCUGCUCUCUCACCCUUUUACUUUUAUACUCCUGGUCGUCUUCUUCUGGGCUCUUUCCACAAACCUUGAUUCAAACACUAACAUGUUAUUUGUCCUAUUAGUCGCUUUAUGUACGCUCAGGCUGGACCACUGCACUCCACUCGCAUAGGAUACUUGGACGGCCCCGUCUUUAGCAGAUAUUUUUGUAAUUAAACCUAACAAGCCUCGGUGAUGUACAAAAACCAGAAUGGCCUAAAGGAGGUGGCUGUUCUGCUCUCUUCUCUCCUCUUCGCUGUCUUUGUUCCAACCACAGGCUGUACAAUAGAUAAUAUAUGUAUAAAACUAUACCACAGGCUCAA